UUCUCUAGAGGCAAUCGGGGCGAGGGGUGUUCUGCCCCCCCCAAAAAAAGAGAUCUAGGCGGGCAUUACUUCCUGCAAAAACAACAUAAGAAAGAUCCGCACUGCAUUGCACCGCACCGUAUUGCGAUGCAAACCGCGCUUUGCGAGCAAGCCCUGCUGGGUGCAUGAGGAGCGCGGCUUUCUUCCAGAGGCGGCGUGGAAGCGCGCGCGCUCGAAGAUAAGCUCAGAGCCCUGUCACCGUCGGCGGCCUGAAUUCUGGGAAGGAGCAAGUAAACCAGGAGCGGGGAGCCUCAGGCCCGGGACCGAGUGCGGCCCUUCAGGCCUUUCUGUUCUGCCCUUUGCACGCUCCCCAGGCGACGCCCCUUACGGGCCUUGCUCUGCACCCACUGGGAGUCCUUUUGCUUGGCUGGAAAGUGACUCUUGAAUUGGGAUCGCUUCUGUUCCUUGCCUGCAUGCAGGAUGGAGAGAGAGAGAGUGUUGGCUCCAUGCCCCACCACCACAUGCCCCCACCAGCACAUGCCCCCAUCAGCACCACCACGAGGGUUCUCCACAAGAGAAUAAGAGUUUUUGUGUCUUUAACAGCUGCAUAAGGGGAAGAAAUUAAGGAGGUGGACCUCUUCCUGAUUACUCCCAACUCCAGUUAAAAGCUGUCGCGAUGGCUGCAAAACCCAUCCUGGACUCAAAGCAGGCCGAGGAGGUGGUGCAAGGCAUCCCAACUGAGGUGGUGUGCACGGCCUUUGCAAAUACAAUCCUGGUAGUGGUGACCCAGUAUCGGAAGAUGGGGACCCUUGUCUCGGUGGAGCCCAGCGUGGUUGCUGACGGCAUCAGCAGACCUUUGCUCACCACAAAAGUACUCCUUGGCAAAGACGAGCCUCUUGUCCACAUCUGUGCCAAGCAUCUAGUGAUGUCGGUCUCUCAGGAAGCUGGAAACAAGCCAGUUCUCCUGGCAAUAGCCUUGAAGGACAGAAGCAUUGAAGGGAUCCGUACCCUGCAAGACAUGAUCCGCCGGUGCCGAGUGUGGUGAGACUGGGCCUCGAGCGGUGUGGGAGAUGAUGGCUCACCUGGAUUAAUCCUCUUUCUUUACUUGAGGUAUUUGGCCCUUUCAGCUAGGCCUUGUUUUGGAUGUGCCUUUGCCAUAGAGAGACUUCUUUUUUUCUUCAGGUUGAUUACGGAAUUUCGAGUAUGGAAGACCAAAUACCCAGGACACCAGUCUCUCAAAACUUAUGCAUGCAAUUCACACAGAAACCAUCUUGAGUUCCUAAUGUGGAUCUAUGAUGAGCGAGCUGGCUGUAUAUUCUGCAUCUCAAUAAAUGAACUCCCCAAAGAUCCAU